AUGAUCAUUAUUUGGGGAAAAGGGCGGAAAAAGCUCAUGUCUGUCGGAAUUUUGUUCUUCGUUCUCGUCUUCGUUUUUCAUCUGCUUAACUUCGCAAAACCCCUUUCCAAUCCAAAUGAGCUGUCCGCUUCAAUGGAUUUAAUUACUGCGUGCGCUACCUCUGAAUUCGAAGACCCCGACGACUCUCAUUCUAUCGCCGUCCCACAAAUUCCCAAUGUUGUUCAUCAGAUCUGGAAAACAAACGACCUCCGAACGUACUCUGCGCAAGUGAACGCAUCCCACGACCGGUGGAAACACGAACUCGAGCCCCUAAACUAUACAAUCAAGCUCUGGACAGACAACGACAUCCUCCAACUCAUCAAUAAACGCUACGCCUGGUUUUUGUCGACGUACGAAGCCUAUCCCCAAAACAUACAACGUGCCGACAUAGCUAGGCUGCUUGUCGUCCACGCAGAGGGGGGAAUCUACGCAGACCUCGACGUUUACCCGACCUCAGCGCCCCAAAUACAAUGCCUCCAAAGUCUCAAUUUAGAGGCUAUAUUCGCCCCAACGACGGGUACCCUCGGGCUGAGCAACCAUUUCUUCAUGGCAGAGCCUGGAUCACCAUUCCUCCAGUGGGCAAUAUACGAGGGCAAACGCCGCGGUGGUGCGACGUCUCGAUUCAUUCCCCUGCCGUAUCUACAAGUCUUUUGGUCCACGGGGCCUAUGAUGGUGACGGCGGCAUUUCGAAAGUACGCAUGGCUACACGGCACUCUUCGGCAUACCCUGGGCUUGUUAGAUGAUGGAUAUUCGAGAGAGGUGAUGCAGCAUAAGGCAGGAAGGUCAUGGCAUGGAUCGGACGGGCGGGCCUUGAAUUAUAUAGGAGACCAUAUAAGGAUGGAUAGUUUGAUGGGGAUCGUUGCCUUUCUGUCUAUUAUCUCAGGAGUCGCCUGUGUUGUGAGAAGAUAUUGGGUUUGA